UCGGUUUGUUUCUGCAAUAAUUAAUAUCCAAACAAUGGCAUCAAAUGGGCAAACAAAUGGUACAGUCAGUGAUGAUCAUAGAAAAUUGUUCGCAGGUGGUUUAAGUUGGGAAACAACAGAGACUCAGCUUAAAGAAUACUUUGGAAAAUAUGGCGAAAUUGAAAGUAUUAACCUUAAAACCGACCCAAACACCGGCAAGUCGAGAGGCUUCGCUUUCAUUGUGUUCAACAGCGCAGACGCAAUCGACGCCGUGGUUAAUGCCGGCGAGCAUACUAUAAACAACAAAAAAAUCGAUGCCAAAAAAGCUAAAGCUAAACAAGGUAAAUUAUUUGUUGGCGGUUUAACUGCUGAAUUGACUGAUGAUGACAUAAAAAACCACUUUGGCCAGUUUGGAAGCAUUGUGCAAGUUGAGUUACCUUUUGAUAAGGUCAAAAAUCAAAGAAAAGCGUUUUGUUUCAUUACUUAUGAAUCUGAGCAAACUGUAAACGAUAUUCUAAAAAAUCCAAAACAAACAAUUAAGGACAAGGAAGUAGAUGUCAAAAAAGCAACUCCAAAACCUGAUCAAGGUAGAGGAGGUUUUGGUGGAUUUGGAGGGCGUGGUGGUGCCCGUGGUAGAAGCAGAGGGGGUUAUGGAAAUCAAAAUUGGAACCAGGGAUAUGGGGGGUAUGGUGGUUAUGAUCAAGCCUAUGGAGGUGGAUAUGAUGCAUAUGGAGGUGGUUAUGGUGGGUAUGGAUAUGAUAACUAUGGAGGAGGUUAUCAAACAGGAGGUAACCAAAGAGGUGGUGGUCGAGGACGCAACCAAAGACAUCAGCCAUAUUAAAUACUUUUUGUGACUUUGUUUAAUGUAAGUUGUGUAUUUAGGCAAAUAAGAUCUGAACAUUUUACUUUCUAUUUUAAUUAAUAUUAGACAAAUUACAUACAUAGUACUUAUUCCAUUUUUGUAAAGUAAAAGACUAAAUGCAAAGAUUUCAUGAUGUUUCAAAACAAGUAUUUAGAAUUUUGUUUGCAUUAAUUAACUAAAGGUUUUGUAGUGUAGGUAGUAAAUUAUUUGGUUGUAUGCAUUUGUCUCAUAAAAUGUUUAAGAAAUCAUAAAACUGCUGUAUAAUUUUAAUAUUGAAUUCCUUUAAGUAAAUUUAUUAAAAAAAUAUCUUGUAUUAUUAUUAACUAUUGAAACGACUUUUUAUUAUUAUGUAACUCAGGAGUCCACAUGAAAAUAUGUACCUACAUAUAUUUAUUUUUUGUAUGAAAUAAAUGAUUUCUAUGA